UUAGAAUUAUAUCAUUAGUAUGCUAAAAUAAAUGUGAGAAAAAGUUUAUGAAUUAUUUUACCUUGGGAAAUUAGAAAUUGCAGUUAAUUAUGCUAAUUUAUCUUCUGACAGGCUGGUGAGACAGAUAUAAACAAGAAUGGAGAAAUUAAACUGGAAGCGAUGGCUCUUCAUAUGUUCCACUGUAUGUGUGAUUGUGAUUGGUGGGGCCUUUCUAUAUGUGUAUCUCUCUCACAACCUGAAUAAGUCGGAAACUAAAAACGAAGCCAAAAUGGACACACUACAAAGCAGGAGAGCUUCUUACAUGCAUGGGCCUGAAGCAAUGAACCAUGUUCAAAGUAAUGAAACAUGGACAGGGAUAGAGCCCAUGACGCUGACAGACUCGCUCAGGCGGCAAAGCGAUAUAGAAUUGCUUUCCAACAGCCGUGUUACUACAACACUAACAGUUAAAAACGGGGGCCCAUAUGGAUUAUGGUUUACACCGCAAUUUUGCCCAGAAGGAACGUUUGCAAAUGGAUUUAAUAUGAAAUACCAACACCGUAAUGGACCUGACGCCGACAAUACUGCACUGAACGCUAUUAGUCUUCAGUGUGCCGACAAGAACGGUGUACAGCAAAAGUUACACAGACCUAUACAGUCCGCGGCAGGUCAUAGAGGUCAAUGGACUAGAGAUAAUUUCUGUCCAAAGGGAAAAGAUGCUCCUCUAUUCUUGCAGAGAUUUGCCCUUAGGGUGCAAACAAAGAAACAAACUGGGGAUGACACCAUGGCAAACGAAAUCCGAUUUUCAUGUCGUGAUUUACAGCGGAUCCACCAUCCUCAUAAACUAGUAGGUCAUAUUGCUGGAGCCGAGGGUGAAUAUGGACAAUGGAGUAAAAAGUGUCCAAAAGGGUCGGCAAUAUGUGGGAUUCAAACUCGAAUAGAGGGUCAUCUAUCAAAGGGCGAUAACACUGCUUUAAAUGACGUUCGUUUCUUCUGUUGUGACUUUAUCUUAAAGUGAAAAUAGAAUGUUUCACGUUCUGUACAAUUUUAAUUACAAUUUUGUACUUGUAACAGAACAGAGAUUUUUCCGGUUCCGUGGAAGUUACAACGAAGUACGGCGUGAUUUGUUAGCAUUCACAUUCAUAAAUAUGAGUUUGACUUUCUUUCCGUUUUGGUUUUCUGGUGUCAGGGUUUUAACAUUUAUGAAGUUGUUUUACAAAAGGGAUUAAUUCUUUGUAAAAGUGAUGCUAUGCGAAGAUGCACCACAAACAAAUGAGUUUAUAUGCGCAUUUAAAUGUGCAUAAACAUUUUGCAUGUGUGUAUGUGUGUUUAGUUUAUGUUUGGUAUUUUAUGCUUUUGAUGAAGUUAACUUACGCCCAUGCAGACGUAUAACUGUUCCUGAGAGUUUAGAUAUACAUGUAUUUCACAUACUAGUAUUGUGUUUUCAUAUGUCAAGUUAAACUGUAAUGUCCUGAAUAAAAAAAUGACAACACGGGCAGAAGUUCAGGAAGUUCUAGUUAGCCCACCAUCAUCAGAUGGUGGGCUAUUCAAAUCACUCUGCGUCCGUGGUCCGUCGUCCUUCCGUCCGUCCGUCCGUUAACAAUUUCUCGUUAUCGCAUCUCCUCAGAAACUACCAGGGGGAUUUUGACCAAACUUUGUCAGAAUGAUGUAUUGGUAUCCUAGUUGUGUCCCCCUGAAAAUCAGACUGGUUCAAUAUUUUUUAGUGAGUUAUGGCCCUUUGUUUAUUUCUAUAAUUUACAUAGAUUUAUAUAGGGAAAAACUUUGAAAAUCUUCUUGUCAAAAACCACAGAGCCUAGGGCUUUGGUAUUUGGUAUGAAGCAUCAUCUAGUGGUCCUCUACCUAGAUUGUUCAAAUUAUUUCCCUGGGGUCAAAUAUGGCACCACCCUGAGGGUCACAUGGUUUACAUAGACUUAUAUAGGGAAAAACUUUGAAAAUCUUCUUGUCCAAACUACAAAGCCUAGGGAUUUGAUAUUUGUAAUGUAGCAUCAUCUAGUGGUUUUCUACCGAGUUUGUUCAAAUUAUCCCCCUAGGGUCAAAUAUGGCCCCGCCCCAGGGGUCACAUUGUUUAUAUAGACUUAUAUAGGGAAAAACUUUGAAAAACCUCUUGUCCAAAACCACAGGGCCUAGGGCUUUGAUAUUUUGUAUGUGACAUCAUCUAGUGGUCCUCCACUAAGAUUAUUGAAAUUAUCCCCCUAGGAUCAAAUAUAGCCCCGCCCUGGGGGUCACAUGGUUUACAUAGACUUAUAUAGGGAAAAACUUUGAAAAUCUUCUUGUUCAAACCACAAAGCCUAGGGCUUUGAUAUUUGUAAUGUAGCAUCAUCAAGUGGUUCUCUACCAAGUUUAUUAAAAUUAUUCCCCUAGGGUUAAAUAUGGCCCCGCCCCAGGGGUCACAUGGUUCAUAUAGACUUAUAUAGGGAAACACUUCUUUUUGUCGAUAACCUACAACAUUCAAAUUUGGACCACAUGUAUAGUUUUGAGAAGCAAGAUGAACCUUGAUAUGAGUUGACCUUGAUCUUGACCUAGUGAUCUACUUCCACAUUUCUGUAGCUACAGCCUUCAAAUUUGGACUGCCUGCAUAGGUUUGUGUCCCGAAACAAACUUUGACCUUGACAUUGACCUAGUGACCUACUUUCACAUUUUUGAAGGUACAGGCUUCAAAUUUGGACCACAUGCGUAGUUUUGUGUUCCGAAAUGAAAUUUGACCUUGAUUUUGACCUAGUGACCUUCUUCCACAUGUUUCAAGCUACAGCCUUCAAAUAUGGACCGCAUGCAUAGUUUUGUGUACCGAAAUGAACUUUGAUCUUGAGAUUGACCUAGUGACCUACUUUCACAUUUGUGAAGCUACAGGCUUCAAAUUUGGACCACAUGCAUAUUUUUGUGUUCUGAAUUGAAAUGUGACAUUGAUUUUUACCUAGUACCUACUUUCACAUUUCUCAAGCUACAGCCUCCAAAUUUGAAGCACAUGCAUAGUUUUGUGUAACAAAAUGAACUUUGACCUUGAAAUUGAUCUAGUGACCUACUUUAAUAUUUCUCAAGCUACAGCUUUCAAAUUUGAAACACAUGCAUGGACCACAUGCACAGUGUUCUGUACCGAAAUGAAAUUUACCCUGAUUUUGACCUUGAGCUAGUCUUGAAAUUUGGAACAUUCAAAAAAUGGCUCAAUGGUGGGCGCCAAGAUCACUCUGUGAUCUCUUGUUGAUGAACAAAAUGGUUUUCGAAAGAAACGUAGCUCAGUUGACCAUUUUUUAUGUUCUACCAAUAUUAUUGAAACACGUCACAAGUUGAAGUUUACAUUUUGUACGUUCAUUGAUUUCAAAAAUUAAUAGAUGUAAACUUCUGAAGAAAUUAGACAAUACAAUAGGUUUAUCUGGAAAAUUAUUAAAAUCUGUAAGAUCCCUAUGUAGUACUGUUUUGUCUUGUGUAAGACUUAAUGGAUUAUGUAUUGAUUGGUUCAAUGGCUCAUGUGGAUUGAGACAAGGUUGUGUCUAUCACCCCUUCUGUUAAUUUCUGCAUCAACGCCUUGGCUACAUAUUUGAAGUCAUUUAAUACAGGAAUAGCUUUUGGUGAAGAAAUAAUAUGUAUUUAUAAUAAUAAUAAUAAUAAAGCCUUUAUUUAACGAGGAAAACUCAUUUGACGAACAACAUCAAUCUUCCAUGAGGCCCUCAAAACAAUACAUAACAUAUACAUCUAAAAUAUUUACAUGGUACAUUGUAACAUAUAGAAGACAGACAAGUGCAUUUAAUACCAGUAUUUUGUUUAUACUGUAACUAUACGAAGUGCAAUAUUAGAAAUAUUAAGUAUUAUGAUUGUGUGUUGUGCCAAGCUAUAUAUAGUGAUUUGAACUGCCCUACUGAUGAUACUCUUUUUAUAUGACUUGGUAAGGAAUUCCAGAUAGUAGCACAGAAUAUGUAAAACUUGUUUUAAAUAGUUCAGUUUUCGGUCGAGGAAGGUAUUUAACUCUGUGCUGAUGAUAUUGUCUUAUUAGCUGAAACCGAACAUGACUUACAGUUUUUAUUAGACUGCCUUAAUGACUGGUGUUGUUCAAUAGAAUUGAGUUUCACUGGGGUGUAAAAAAUCAUAAGAUUUUGUUGAUAGUUAUUCUUAUUUUGGUCUUGUAUUAAAUGAACAUUUAAACUAUAACAUAACACUUAAAGCUGUAACCCGCAUUAGGUCUUUUAAUUGCUGUGGAGGUUUUACAUAGGAUAUUAAUAAAUAUUGUAUGAUUCUUUAGUCAAUGAUUAUGGUUCAUCUAUCUAGGGUAAAAAGAAAUCAUACUCUUGUGUGAAUGCUGUUCAAAAAGGCAACGCGUUUCUUCCUUGGAGUCAGGAGAUACACCUCAAAUGUAGCUGUAAAUGGUGAAAUGGGAUGGGAUCCCCCAGCUGUACGACAAUGGAAAUCUGUUUGCAAUUUCUGGGCUAGUAUUUCUUCAUCCUAGAAUUGAUAAACGUGUCACACAAUGGGCAAAUGUUAAGUCGAGUAAUAGAUGUAAGAACUGGUUUCAUAGUGUUAAGUCGUAUUUGGUUAGUCUAGAUCUGAAUCACGACUGUUGUAUUGAUACUUCAAUACCUAAACAUAUUUUUAUAGCAACAAUUUAGGCAACGUCUAUGCGUAUGUAUGUUAAUGAUUGGAAGCCCAGAUUGAAUCAGGUAAAUAGUACCAGAAAUAGAGAUAGAUAAAAGUUGUGCACCAAUUCACUGUUUAAAUCUGAAUUUAGUAUAGAACAGCAUUGUAAAAUUAUACUUCCAAAUAGUCAUAGUAAAUUCUGCUGUGGUGCGGCACCAUUGAGAAUUGAAACGCGGCGUUUUGGAGGUAUAGAUAUUGGAAACAGAAAAUGUCAUUUUUGUGAUAAUUUAGAAGAUGGAAAACGUACACUUUUGCAUGGAUUGCCACAGUCAUGUACUAUGACGUUAAAGUUGACUUGUUUAACAAAGCCUGUUUUUAUAAAUCAAUUUUUUUUGUAUUAUAUCAAAACAAGAUCAGAUAAAGGAAAUAUGUUCCAACCCAGUAUUGAUAAGAGAUAGUACAAGAGCCUGUUUCAAUAUUUUAAAAGAAAGAUCUUUUAAACUACGUUGAUAAUGUACGGUCAUCUUUUACUCUCUUUGACAGAAUAUAAGAUUUAUUUCACACUAUGUACAUAAUGUACCUUCGUCUUGUUUUCUCUUUUAAAGUUUGAUAAAUGAUAAUCCUAGAAUGAUAUUGCUAAUCAGUUACUUUAUGAUUUGAUCAUAAAGGAUAUUUGUUAUUUUUUAUGUACCACUUUUUUGUUGUGCGCUUUUAGCGCCCGUUUACUAUUAAGUGUCUUAUUCUAAACAUUUUAAUGCAGUAUUCAAACCUUGGAUUAGCAGUAACAAUCUAGUAUUUGGGAUAUGUAUGACCGUUAUUCAUACAGUAAUGUAAAUGUCAAUCAAUAGUUCAUUAAAGGUCUCUUGUAAUUCAUUUACGAAUGACACUAUACUUUAGUUAAACAUGUUAAUUUUAAGCAUGACAUGUUUUAAUAUGAUAACAUGUUUUAAUUUCAUGUAUAUUGUACACUGAUCAUCAUAAUUAAAUAUAUAUGUCCAACGUGUCGAAUGGGA